AUGAACAACGUUAUUGAGAAUGCCCUGCGGGAGACACCCAUCACACUCGUGGUCUGCGGGCUGAUGGGGAUGUUAGGCGUUAUGUCGUCAUUGGAGGUGAUUCAUCCUCUCUACUUGCUGCUCAGUCCGUCUUUGGUGUUCAAAGAGCAUCAGUACUGGCGUCUGGUCACCAACUUCCUCUACUUUGGUCCAAUCAGCGCUCACUGCAUCAUGGAAAUUCAGUGGAUCUACCUGGUGAGCUCUUACCUUGAAGCGCAGUACUACCACAGGCGACCGCUUGACUAUAUCUUCCUACUCUUGAUCAUCGGCUGCUCGCUUCUGGGCCUACGGUUUUCGUCGAUUGUGAAUGUGCCAUACCUAAGCUACAUGCUAGGCACAUGCCUGACAUACAUUAUGAGUCGUCUCUUCAACGACAUGGAAGUUGCCAUCUUUUUCGUGGUUCCGGUUCCAAUGCGCCUUCUCCCGUUUGUGCUUCUGAUCAUGAACACAAUGGUGUCUGGAAUGACGAACGAGGUCCUGGGCAAUGUUCUCGGGCACAUCUUAUGGUAUUUUUUAGAGGUGUUUCCUCGCAUCACCGGGCAGAGCCCUCUUCGAAUCCAGCGUCUGCUCGAGCGGGCAUUUGCUGCACCGGUACGCCAGGCGACAUAG